AUGUCCCGUAACGGCGUGUUGCUUUCCUAUCACGGCCUAGUUCCGUCGCGUAGUUGGCGUAGCAAAACGCCGCGUCGGGAUUUGGCCGUAUUAGGAAAGCAACACGCUGCGAUUGGUGUUGGCCGUGGUAGCAGCAGCAGCAGAAGCAUAGCAGCAGCAGCACCAGCAGCAGCGGCAGCAGCAGCGGCAGCGGCAGCGGCAGUGGCAACGGCAGUGACAGCGGCAGCAGAAAACAUAGCGGCUGCAGCAGCUUCUGCAGCAAAGGCAGCGGCAGCGGAAGCGGUUGCGGCAGCGGAAGCAGAAAACAUAGCAUCAGCAGCAGCAGCAGCAGCAGGAAACAUAGCAGGAGCAUCAGGAGGAGCAGAAAACAUAAAAGCAGCAGCAGUAUCAGCAGCUGAAAACAUUAGAGCACCAGCAGCGGCAGCAGCUGCAGCAGCAGAAAACAGCAGCAGCAGCACCAGCAGCAGAAGCGGCAGCGGCAGUGGCAGCUGCAGUGGCAGUGGCAGCGGCAGAGGCAGCGGCAGUGACAGCGGCAGCAGAAAUCAUACGAGCGAAUGCAGCAGCUUCUGCACCAACGGCAACGGCAGCGGGAGCGGCAGCGGCAGCGGAAGCAGAAAAUAUAGCAUCAGCAGCAGCAGCAGCAGCAGUAGAAAACAUAGCAGCAGCACCAGCAGCAGAAGCUGCCGCGGCAAUGACAGCAGCAGCAGCAUGGGCAGCGGCAGGGCCAGCGGAAGCGGCAGCGACAGCGGCAGCGGUUGCAGUAAAAAUUGCAGCAGCAGCAGUAGCAGCAGCAGCGGCAGCAGCAGUGGCAGAGGCAGCGGCAGCGGCAAUAGAAGACAUAGCGGCAGCAGCAGCGUCAGCAGCAGCGGCAGAGGCAGCAGAAAACAUAAGAGGAGCAUCACCAGGAGCAGAAAACAAAGAAGCAGCAGCUGCAGAAAACAUAGCAGCAGCAGCAGCAGCAACAGCAGAAAACAUAGCAGGAGCAACAGCAGGAGCAGAAAACAUAUAAGCAGCAGCCGCGGCAUCAGCAUCAGCAGCUGA